GCCUCCUCCCCAUCGUUUGAUCUUCCCGACACCCCUCCCGGUUCCCGCAGCGCCUCGCCACCAUGAACGUCGACGAGCCUAUUGACGAGUCUCUCUUCCCCAUCGCCGUCCUCAUCGACGAGCUCAAGCAUGACGAUGUCUCGCUCCGUCUCAAUGCCAUCCGACGCCUGUCCACUAUCGCUCUGGCCCUCGGCGUCGAGCGCACCCGAUCCGAACUCGUUCCCUUCUUGGACGAGUCCAUCGAUGACGAGGAUGAAGUCUUGCUGGCCCUGGCUGAGGAGCUCGGCAGCUUUGUCGACUAUGUUGGUGGUCCUCACUACUCGCACAUCCUGCUGCCUCCUCUCGAGACCCUUGCCACCGUCGAGGAGACCGUUGUUCGCGAAAAGGCUGUGGAAUCUCUGGCCAAAAUCGCUGUCGUUCUCAGCCCUCAGCAGCUCGAAUCUUACUUCCUGCCCAUGCUCAAGCGACUCACCGUCGGCGACUGGUUCACGAGCCGAACGAGUGCCUGCGGCACCUACGCGCCUAUUUACGACCUGGUUCCUGCGGCUGUCCAGGAUGAGCUUCGACGCCUCUUUGGACAGCUGUGUCAUGACGACACCCCCAUGGUCCGCCGCGCUGCUGCCACCAACCUGCCCAAACUGUCCAAGAAGAUCUCCAAGGACAAGGUCAUCGCCGAGAUCAUCCCGCUCUUUGUCUCGCUCGCCCAAGACGACCAGGACUCUGUCCGCUUGCUCACUGUGGAAGCCCUUAUCGCGAUUGCCGAAUCCCUGACGAAUGACGAAAGCAAAACCCACCUCCUCGGCACCCUGCGCAGCCUCUACAGCGACAAGUCGUGGAGAGUCCGCUACAUGGUUGCCGAUAAGUUUGUUCCGCUCGCCAAGUCCGUCGGCCAGGACAUUGUCCGCGAGGACCUGAUUCUCGCCUAUGUGCAUAUUCUGAAGGACAACGAGGCCGAGGUUCGAACUGCUGCGGCUGGCCAGGUUCCUGGCUUCUCUGUCCUCCUGGAUCGCGAGGUUGUCUUGAAGGAUAUCCUGCCCUGCGUCAAGGAGAUGGUCACCGAUGCCUCGCAGCAUGUCCGAGCCACCCUUGCUACCCACAUCAGCGGCCUUGCUCCCAUUCUCGGCAAAGACGCUACCAUCGAGCACUUGCUUCCCCUCUUCCUCCAUCUGCUCAAGGACGAGACUGCCGAGGUCCGCCUCAACAUCAUCUCCAAGCUGGAUCGCGUUAACGAAGUUAUUGGCAUCGAUCUGCUGUCCCAGUCUUUGCUACCGGCCAUCGUCGAGCUCGCCGAGGAUAAGCAGUGGCGUGUUCGCCUUGCCAUCAUCGAAAACAUUCCCCUACUUGCCAGCCAGCUGGGCUCGCAAUUCUUUGACGAGAAGCUUGGAGCUCUCUGCAUGUCGUGGCUGGGCGACUGUGUCUAUUCGAUCCGCGAGGCGGCCACCACCAACCUGUGCAAGCUCACCGAGGUCUUUGGCGUCGAGUGGGCCAAGCAGCAGCUCAUCCCCAAGAUCCUCGAGCGCGCUCACCACCCCAGCUACCUCUACAGGCUGACCACCCUCUUCACUCUUGCUAACCUUGCCGCCGUCGUCUCCCCCGAGGUCAUCAAGGAGCUCCUCAUUCCCACCAUCAACGGCCUCUCGACCGACCCCGUCCCCAACAUCCGAUUCAAUGUCUGCAAAGCUUACGAGAUCAUCGUGCCCAUCCUCAAGAAGACGCCCGACAUUGCCCCUCUUGUCGGCGAGCACGUCAAGCCCGCCCUCGUCAAGCUGAAUGAGGAUACGGAUAUCGAUGUCCGAUACUAUGCCAACCGCGCCUUGCUUGUUGUCUAAGGCGCGCUACCGGCUCCG